GUGGCAAUAGGAAUGGUGAGACUGAAUGGGCGGCAAGAAUAUAAUCGGCCCGUGAGAAAUACUCUGAGUGCGUCAUUACUCACGGGACCCCCUUCCAAAAUGUAUCACUUUUCAAAACAACACCACGACCACAGCUUCACAGCUACAACUCUGUAACAAAAAAUCGGAAUAAUGCAUUAAUACUAGGUCUAUUAUGAUCAAUGCAUCAAGCUACAAUUAAUUUCGUCGUUCCACGUGGAGUUAUGGUUGAAAUGUGAUAUUUUUGGUGGGGGAGAUCACUGAUGCCGCUAGCACUCACAAUCGGCCCGGAAGGAAAUAUUAUAAACGGGCCGCAAGGAAAUAUGGUAAACGGACCGCAUUGAGAUAUUGUAAACGGACCGCGCGAGUAAAUUCGAAGUUAGACAGGCGCAUGACUUGGUGUUACUCUGCUUCUGUGCUGUCGUGCUCUGGCCUUAUAUACCCCGCCGGUUCCCCCUCCAUACCUGCUUGUUCUCCACGCACUUCUCAUAUUCAACUCCUAUCCUUAUCACAACCAUCAUCAUGGGGGAAGCUGUUACUGAGAUCAGGGCCGAGACCCUCAAUGGGCCAACCGAUGUCGAGCGCAUUGAGGCGCCAAUGACCACAAAGGCCUACUUCCUUUGCGCCUUUGCUGCCUUUGGUGGUUUCUUCUUCGGAUACGAUUCCGGACACAUUGGUGGUGUUUUGGGCAUGAAGUACUUCAUCCACCAAUUUGAGAACCUGCCAUACCCCGCCGUCGGUGCCACCGACGCCGAAUCCGCUUACUUCGUCGUCUCUUCGUCUAACAACUCGCUCAUUGUCUCGAUUCUCUCUGCUGGAACUUUCUUCGGUGCCAUCCUCGCUGGUGAUCUCGCUGAUUGGUUUGGACGCCGCACAACUAUUAUGUUGGGCUGCCUGGUUUUCAUCGUCGGUGUUAUCCUUGAGGUCGCCUCUUCUACUUUCGCUCUUCUCGCCGUUGGCCGUAUCAUCGCUGGUUUCGGUGUCGGUUUCGUCUCUGCUAUCAUCAUUCUGUACAUGUCUGAGAUCGCACCAAAGAAGAUCCGUGGUACCCUUGUUUCGGGUUACCAAUUCUGCGUUACCAUCGGUCUCAUGGUUGCCGCCUGCGUCGACUAUGCCACCAAGGACCGCAUGGACUCUGGCUCAUACCGUAUCCCCAUCGCCAUCCAGUUCCUCCCAGCCGUCGUUCUUGGCGUCGGUCUCUUCUUCCUCCCCGAGUCUGCCCGCUACUUCGUCAAGAAGGGUAACCUCGUCAAGGCCGCCGCCGUCCUUGCCCGCAUUCGUGGCCAGCCCGUCGACUCCGACUACAUCCAACAGGAACUCGCUGAGAUUGUUGCCAACCACGAGUAUGAGAUGCAGGUCAUCCCCCAGAGCGGCUACUUCUCGUCCUGGGCCAACUGUUUCAAGGGUGGACUCACCAACCCUGGAUCCAACCUCCGUCGCACGAUUCUCGGUACCUCCCUCCAGAUGAUGCAGCAGUGGACCGGUGUCAACUUCAUCUUCUACUACUCCACCAUCUUCCUGCAAUCCCUCGGCACGAUCAGCAACGCCUUCUUGAUCUCCAUGAUCUUCACCAUCAUCAACGUCGUCAGCACCCCAAUUUCCUUCUACACCAUUGAGCGCUUCGGUCGUCGCGCCAUCAUGAUCUACGGUGCCCUUGGAAUGGUUAUCUGCCAGUUCAUCGUCGGCGCCGUCGGAACUGCCCUCCCCGACGACCAAAACGCCACCCGUGCCUUGGUCGCCUUCAUCUGCAUCUACAUCUUCUUCUUCGCCACCACCUGGGGUCCAGGUGCCUGGGUUCUCAUCGGCGAGAUCUUCCCCAUCCCCAUCCGCUCCCGUGGUGUUGGUCUCUCUACCGCCUCCAACUGGCUGUGGAACUGCAUCAUCGCUGUCAUCACCCCCUACAUGGUCGGCAAGGACAAGGCCAACCUCGGACCCAAGGUCUUCUUCGUCUGGGGCUCCCUCUGCUUGUGCUGCCUCAUCUACGCCAUCUUCCUCAUUCCCGAGACCAAGGGUCUGUCGCUUGAGCAGGUCGAUCGCAUGUUCGAGGAGUCCACCCCACGCAAGUCCGCUAAGUGGGUGCCACACAGCACCUUCGCUUCCGAGAUGGGUCUCGCUGAGAAGGCUCCUGUUGCUCACCACGGAGAGACCCUUGAGGUUUAAGUGGCUGAGGCGUGUCGUUUUGGAGCGGAAUGAUUAAUUCGAGUAGACUGCUAUUAUAGAGUCUAGACUUUUCCCUACUGAACUAUGUAAUUAAUAUAGAUAGAAAGCAAAUAAACCUUUCUGUUC